AGUUUGCGGUGUGCGGCAGUUUCAUAAUCUUUUGUUCGCUGCGUGUAGUGGUAGAUAUUUUUGCCGCUUAAAAGAUUUUUUUCAAUUUUGAUAAUUUUCUGUCAUUUUAUUGAAACAAAAAAAUGGCACCCGUAUUGGGUUAUUGGAAUAUUCGUGGGCUUGCUCAGCCUAUCCGCCUCAUGUUGGCAUAUACCGAGACGAAGUAUGAAGAUAAGCGGUAUGUAUAUGGACCACCACCUGACUUUGAUCGUCGUGACUGGUUGGGUGAGAAGCUGGAAUUAGGAUUGGAUUUUCCAAAUCUUCCAUAUUAUAUUGAUGGUAACACCAAACUUACCCAAAGUAUUACGAUCAUGCGUUACUUGGCUCGAAAACUAGAACUAGAUCCCACUACGGAGGAGGAGCGUAUUCGCGCUGAUUUGGUUGAGCAACAGACAGCAGACUUCAGAAUGGCGUUGACAAGAAUUUGCUACAGUGCUGAUUUUGAAAAUCUGAAAACGGAAUACUUGAAAACUUUGCCCACGCAUUUCAAAAAUUUUUCAGCCUUUCUUGGAAACAGAAAGUGGCUUGCUUCUGCUGAUAAGUUGACUUAUGUGGAUUUCAUGCUUUAUGAAGCCAUCGAUCACAACAGAAUUCUUGAACCUGAUUGUUUGAAGCAUUUUCCUACUUUGAAGGCAUUCAUGGAAAGAUUUGAAGAGUUGCCAACUAUCAAAAAGUACAUGGAGUCUGAUGAUUUCAUUAAAUAUCCAUUGAAUGGGGAUAUGGCAGCAUUUGGAUCAAGACUGUCCAAAAAAAAAUAAUUUGGAGUAUCUGCACUCACUUUCUGAAUCAAGAAAGCUUUAAAUCUCAUGUUGGUGGAAAUUAACUCUUGUUUACUUCUCUAAUUAUCCAAGUGAAUGUGUUGCAUGUAUUUGUGUAUAGUGUUGUCUGCUAUUCAAUGUGUCCUAUUAUUUUUUGAAUUUUUUGAUUGAUGUAAUUAUUUUAAUUAUUAAAAUUUGAUACCUUGGUUUAUAUAUAUAUAUAUAU